GUCCAUUUCAAUAUUUUGUAAUUUUAUAUCAAAUAUUGUUAUUAAAAACUUAUCAGUUGUCUCUCAUAGCUUCAAUUGAUUUUACAUCACACUAGUAUAGUGCUUCCAGUUCUUUUACUUUUGAGGAUUCGAAAGCUUCCCUGCCUUGCUAACGUCAACAACACCUUCCAGAGUUUAUGUAUUAAUGUUCUAUGAAAUUUCUAUUUAAGAUUAAUAUUACUUUGGCUGUCAUUUUUGGAAUGUUAUCAUUGGUAUUAACUGCAAGGAUGAUUCUGACCAGAACCAAAUCCUCAACGAAUGCCGCAAUUGUUUCGUAAAUAGCAACAAUAAUAGGUCUAUUGAUUUAGAGUAGAUCUAUAGAAGAUGAGGUUACCCGCAUGGUUAAAAAACUCGUCUUCUUGGCUAUGGACUGCUGCGUUGUCGGGGGCAGUUCAACGUCGACUACUAGCGUUCGCUUUACAGAAGCUCAUAGGAUCAAUACUUCAAGAAGAUGUUCGCCCAGAGGAUAUACAGCUCUUAUUUUCAAAAGGCGUAUUGGUAUUGUCUAAUUUGCAAUUGAAUUGUGAGUUUUUAAAUGCAAUCAUCCCAUUUCCUACCAUUAGAGUAUUAAAAGGUUACGUGAAGAAAUUGGUUCUGCACGUGAAUCUUACGGAUCUUGUUAAUCUGAAUGUGGAACUCGAAGUCCAAGGACUGGCUUUAGAUAUUACGCUUACCCAAUCUGAUGAAUACAUGGGUUCUACAAUCUACCAGGAUGCCUCAUCUCAAAUCGAUAUACUUGAUAAUGUGGUAGAGUAUAUGAGUAAGACAGCUUCCCAAGAUUUUGAGGAAGAGGUUAGAAGUGAGGGGCUUGAUAAUGAGAUACCUGACAAUUCCCGCAAUUUACUUGACAGCAUUUUACAGAAGUGUCUUGCUUCCACUUCCGUGAUUGUGGAACAUCUAAAAUUUAAAAUCAUGCCAUCUUCUCUUGCGGCUUUGGAAUUGAGUGUCGAUUUUAUUAACUUUUCUUCAUUUAAUAACAGCUCCUCGUCACGGUUACUCAAUAUAUCUGGAAUCGUUCUGAGUAUGGUCAGGAAGGAAAAAAGUUUUGAGGAUCGCAAUUCGUCAUCUUCGAGAGGUCUUGCUCAUUCUUUGAGUUCCUCUACCUCUAGUAGUAUGGAGGAUGCACGAAGUUUUUUUACACCUGAGUCUGAGGCAACUGAAUCUCAAACAAUGUGUAUCAAUGCUAAAGAGAUUGAUGCCUCUGAUUCCUCUUCUUCUAACCAGAAUAAAUCAAAGGAGAUAGAUCGUGUUAUUUUUUUCCGCUCUACUGGUGAAUUUCGAUGUGUAUUCAGUAUUGAGGUCUCAACGUUAAUGGUUAUAGAAGCCCAUGUUCCUCCUUGCGAGUUUGAUCUAUCCCCUCAGAUUUGCGCUUUUCUGUUAUACUUAGUUAAGCUAUUCAAUGAUUCAUCGAAUUUAUCCAAAAUGGAAUCAGAUUCAGCAAAGUCCCCUCUUAAUAAUCUCCAACUGGAUAUUCACAUGUCUUCAUUCAAAGCGAAUGUUCAUUGUAGGCUACCUGAUAGAGUAGAACGUUUUUCUCCGGCGGACGCUUUAAAUCAGCUUCAUUGGGUUCCUAAAAAAUCUUCUAAUCUCGAAAUACAUUUUAAUCAAAUUCAGAUAUCUAAUGAUGAUCAUGACCUUAAUGACCUGUUAAUGACUUUUUCCAAUUUUGAGAUAUUUAUGGACGGUAGCCCCUUAAUUUCGCUUCAUAAAGCUAUGUACUCAUCUUGUACUAUUAAUUUUCAUAUGGAAAACUUACAGUCUACUUUAAAGCUACAAAUGUCAAGCGGCGAAAUUUCUUUACCGUUAGAAAAAUUUGUUCAUCUUCAGGAACUUUUUACUACGUUUUUUAAAGACUUCACAAUGCUUGAAGAUUCGUAUCUAGGUUUAAGUGAAUUCAGCAGACGACGCGGUGGUUACCAAUCUUCAAGUUCCCUAAACGUAGAAUCUACAAGUCCAACAUUUGAAGUUAUAGUCUUAUUUGAUCGUUUUCAAUUUCAGCUCACAAAGCAUCAUUCGGAUCAACUCAUCACUUGCUUUACUAUAGCUUCCAGUUAUUUGCAACUAACUAAAAAAUCUUUGGGAACCUUUUCUUCCAUUCUAGUGUUUUCUAAAAAUAUAACUUUUGACAUAGAGAACUAUUCUGCUGUUGGAUACCCUUGGAAAAGCAUUUCAUCAGAGACUGUUUUGCGAAUUUCCAAUGGUAUUUUUGAAACACAUUCAAACUCCGGAUUAUCAGCAUUUACUGUAUCUGUUCAACAAGAUGAAUUUUAUCAUCCGAAGUUUCAGAAAUUAGCGAAUAAAUCUCCCUGUCAUGAAAACCAUUUUUAUGUCGCUUUUGACGGACUUCAUUUAACAAUUAAAAAAAGAGUGAUAGAGUCUAUUAGUUCAUUAAUUGGCGAUCUAUCCUCCGCAUUCGUCAACUCUGGAACUCCCAAAAAUGAAGUACAGCCGGACUUUAGACAUUUUUUGAAAAUACGCGUUCGUAAUUUUUCGUUGCAUUCAUAUCACGAUGAUGAUAACUCUUUACUUUUGAAAUCUGACAGAAUAAAGCAUUAUAUGUCAUGGGUUGGAGCAGAAAUGAUAAGCUUAGAUUCUCGUACUUACAAUCUUUCGGCUUAUUAUUCUACACGUUUAUUCAACAACAGACCACUAUUGUCAGUUGUGAGGAAUUUAAAAAAUGGCGAGAAAAAUAUAUUAAAUCUGUUUCUGACGUUUUCUUCUCUAAAUCAAUCUGAUUCUACUAAUAAAUUUCGAAUAAGUAUAAUUGACUUAGGAUAUGAACAUUACAUAACUGAUUUUUGGCUCUCUAAAUUCUUGGAAACUUACUUCCCGCAGGAUCCUGAGGUGCCUUUUCUCGAAUUUCCUAAAUUUCCUUAUGGCAUAAACCUCACCGUAUCUGACUGUAUUUUAGGAUUGAACCCAUCAAGCAUGGAAUCAAAGUUAUUGAUGCAUUUAAAAGCUCUUGAAGUUCAGAUUGGUGCCAUUACGUUGGAAACAACGAUUAACAUUAAGGCUUUCACAAGUGAGGCUUUUUUAUACAUAACCAAUAAAUUAAAUGAAGAUGUUAUGUCUGAAAAGAGACCCUUUUUUCAAGAAGAACUUGGGACAUCUGACGCUAAAUUGUCGCAACUGGCAGCCGAUGAAACGAUUGGUUUUGUGAUUCAGUCACUUGGUUACAUCGAAUUGGCAAGAAUAUCGGGUCUAAAUACAGAAAUGACAGUAGGGAUUAAUAAGGGAGAUUUAAGUACGCUUAUAAACCUCAGCAAUGGUGAUUUGCAUCUUCAAUCCUGUGCUGACAGCACUCAACUAUUUUUCCAAAUAAUAACCGAUUGUUCAGCAUCAAAUAACGUUGAUGAAGUCAAAAAUUACUUAGUAUUGCCUAAUCCCAACUACUCGGAUUUGCUUAAGGGAGUCGACACCGAUUUUUUCGCUGAUAAUGUGAACCUAGCAAGUCCUAAGUCGUCAGAUACCGGCAUUUCCGUGAGCAGUCAAACUCUGGACAUUGUUAACGAUUACUAUGCUUCUUCUGUUAGUUCAGAGGAAGAAUUGUGUCCGUCAGUAGCUUCAAAGGGUUCCUCUCAAAGUGAACUUUUGUCCGAUGAAUAUGAUAAUUUAAAUUUUUCUGAUGAGGAGGCUUUGGCAUCCGAAGAUAGAUUAAAACAAGAUAUUGAGCUUAUUGAGGAUCAUUUCUUCACUCGAGGAUCCAUUGAGCAUCACGACCACUUUGAUAAGGCUAAUGAGUACGAUAUGAAACUGAUAGUAUCCAACAUUCGUAUAAAUUGGGAAUUAUUCGAUGGCUACGACUGGAAUUCGACUAGAGAAGUUAUAUCUGAAGUUAUCAAAGCAUAUGUACAGAAUGGUAAAACAAGAAAUAAGGAUCGGGUUGAAACUCAUGUUUUUGAAAGCAUAUGUCUUGAAGGAUUUUCUAAGUUUGAAAAAAUUUAUUUUGAUAAGAUUGCCGAGGCCAUUGAUUUAAAUAGUCGACUGGAACCGGAACCUCUUUCUAAGUUCGAUCGGCAGCACAUUCUACGAUUAGGUCGGUCGACUAGCAACAAAGUAUUGAUUGAGAUAAUUGGUUUAACGGGCGGUUUUACAUCCUUACGAGGAGAAAAAAUUUCAAAUGAAGUGUUAAGUGAACUAGAACUUGGCAUCAAAGAUUUGACUAUUUACGAUCGUUUGCCUUCAUCAACCUGGAAUAAGUUUUUUAGUCGUGAUUCUCGGUCGUCUUCAUUAAAAAAUAGGAAUCAUCAUUUGAAUUUAAGAUUUGCUAGAGUACGCCCUUUACCAGAAAUAAUGAACACUGAGUUACAGGUGGAAAUCGGAAUUUUACCCUCAAAGAUGUAUAUAGAUCAAGAUACACUGGAUUUCAUAAUUCGCUUUUUCGCAUUUAAAUCAGAAGUUCCAACAGAAACUGAUGUUUCUACUACAAACCUUCCAUUUUUCCAGUCUAUAUGUGUUCAUGCUACACAUUUCAUAGUCGAUUAUAAGUUCAAGAAUCCCAACUCUGCUGGGAUAAAAAGUGGAAGAUUACCCGAUUUUGGAAACUUUCUCGUCGUUCAAGGUUCGGAAGUUUUUCUGAGGCAAUUACAAAUUUACGGUCUUUCCGGUUUCGAGGAAUUCUUACAUGCUCUAUUGACGGUUUGGUUUCAGGAUAUACGAAACAACCAACUGCAAAAGGUGCUUAAUGGAUUAGUCCCUAUUCGAACGCUAUUUACUGUCGGAAGUGGAGUGAAAGAUAUAUUUGUGUCUCCUGUAAAAGGUUUACAGAAAAAGCGUUCAAUGAGAAGAUUCCGACAUGGAGUGUUAAAAUUUACUGGAAAAUAUAUGAAUGACCUUUUAUCAUUCAAUGCACAGGGAAUGACAGGCACACAUGCAUUGUUGAAACAAGUUGAGGAGUAUCUGCAAUCCUCAAGAGAAUUGCGAUCAAAAAGAUUUAGUUAUUAUGCAAACCAACCUGAAUCAUUGGAACAAGGAUUACUGGAGGGUUACCAUGGUUUCCGGCAGGGUUUGGUGGGAGCAAAAACAACAUUACAAUCCAUUCCCAGUGAGGCAUCUCAGCGAACGAGUUUUAGUAGCGCUGCUCAAGUAGUGAGCAAAAAGAUGCCGUUAGCUAUGCUGAAACCUAUGGUUGGAGCCACAGAAGCAGUUUCAAAAACCUUGUGGGGUUUAUCUAAUUCGCUGCAACCUCAACGCAGGCAUAACCUUCAAGAAAAAUACAAGAGAUAAUUUUUCAAAAUCUGAGGUUUUACGAAUCUUUGAUUUUUUUUAUCACGCCUUCGAUAAUGGUUUUCUUGUUUACUUCUCUGAUACAAGGAAUGAUAGCGUCGGUUGGAAAUUUUUAAUAUUGAGAAACGAAUAUUAUCUUACUAAAUACUAAGAUUAAAGCCUGUCAAUUCGGCUGUAUGCUAAAGUCUUUUAUUUUAAUUGUUUAUGCCUAAUCCCGAAUGCUAUGAUUUUCAUUUGCAAAGUUGAGAUUUCAAUGUGAAUAGGAACUUCAUUCUUUACUGGCGGAGUAAGAUAUUCGCAGCUAUAAUGAAUAUUAAUUUAAUGACUAAUUAUUGACUAUGGAUCUUUAGAAGUAGUUCUUUUUCUUUUAAAACGAUUUUUUACGUUGCAAGCAAGACAUUCUUCCUAGUUUGCUAUCGAUGAACUUCUUGUAGGAGGUUCCAUCUUCAGUUGUUUAACAUUUUUAAAAAGAAAAUAAAGAAGGUCGUACUGGGAAUCGAACCCAGGUCUCGAGAAUCAAAAUCUCAUGUGCUAGCCAUUACACCAUACAACCGUUUUGAUUUCAGCUUCAAGAAUAAACUAAUCGUAUUAAUUUUUCAAAGAGCCAUACCAAAGAUCACGCCAGAAGAAUAAUGUUAACAGUUUCCUGAAAGAAAAGCAGGCAGUAGGAAGCAAAAAAAGCAGCUGCUUUAACGUAGUUUAUUGUCGGCUAUACAGCUGAACUAUGGAACCAAAAAAGUACGGUUGACGAAGGUCGUACUGGGAAUCGAACC